AGACUGAACAGAGCGCACUGAGAACUUUAAAACGAUAGCCAACUGUUGAAUCCAACUUUGGCUGAAAAUAAAGGAAACGACGAGGGAGCACAUAUUGGAACCACUCUACGCACUCUUACUUCACAAUCACGAUCAAGAAAAUGUCGCCUUCAGAGAACGACUUUGAUAUACCGGCGAAGAACUGUUGUAGGAUGGUGAUUUUGGGGUCCACCAAAGUGGGCAAAACAGCCAUCGUGUCUCAGUUUCUGAACGGGAGAUUCGAUGAGCAGUAUACGCCGACCAUAGAGGACUUUCACAGGAAACUGUACAGCAUUAAGGGAGAUGUAUACCAACUGGACAUAUUGGAUACCUCAGGAAACCACCCAUUCCCUGCCAUGAGGAGACUAUCCAUACUGACAGGUGAUGUCUUUAUCCUGGUUUUCAGCUUAGACAACAGAGACUCAUUCGAGGAGGUUCAGAGGCUCAAGCGACAGAUAAUUGAGACCAAGUCUUGCCUAAAAAACAAGACCAAGGAGAACGUUGACGUGCCUCUGGUUAUCUGCGGCAAUAAGGGCGACCGGGAGUUUUGCCGGGAGGUGCAGAGUGAAGAGAUUGAGCAGUUGGUGGCUGGAGAUGAGCAGUGCGCAUACUUUGAGAUAUCAGCCAAGCGCAACACCAACGUGGACCAAAUGUUCCAGACCCUAUUCACCAUGGCCAAGCUACCCAAUGAGAUGAGCCCGGACCUCCACCGUAAGGUCUCGGUGCAGUACUGCGACAUGCUUCGCACUAAGUCCCUGAAAAAUAAGAACAAGAAAAACGAUGGAGACGCGUAUGGCAUCGUGGCACCGUUCGCACGGCGCCCGAGCGUCCACAGUGACUUGAUGUACAUAAAGGAGAAGGCGAUCGGUGGCGGGCAGGGAAAGGAUAAAGAGAGAUGUACUAUCAGCUAGGACUAUGAGAUUAAUUUUAUGGAAGAUAUUGUAACCUAAAAGGAUAUGCUUCAUUUGUGAUGCACCUGACAGACGGGGUUUGGGCGCGCAAGGCUGCCCAUGCCGCUUCCGUUGCCCUUAGUGGGGACACUUGAGACAGCGAUGCGAAAGCUUAUGAGCUCCAGGCGCAAUGAUACUGUCUAGAUUCAACCUCUCCACAAACGUGGAAGCGCAUGUUACAUGUCCGCGAGACAUUUAAAGAACGUUCGCUACUUUGUUCUGUUAGACCAGAGCCUUAUGUGAUGUGGCUUAAAAUAUUGUGAGAUUAUUCACAACAAAUGUGUAAAAUGUGUUGUUUAGACAUCUUAAAACAGACAGGCGAGAAAACAGACUCCUGGCGUGGAGUACAAUGUGAAAAAUGUUGUUUACGUUUUGUUAUAACAUUUUAUAACAGAUAAUUCAACUUGAAUGUUGCAAUCUGAACAAUUUUAUAUUGUGAAUGUAUAUUUAUUUUAUGUCGACGUCAACUUUUGCAAAGAAAGGAAGAAAAGAACUUAAAAAUAAAUACAAAAAUCUGAA